AUAGAUUAUUGUUUAUAAUUUUUACAAUAAUGAUAUGCAAAAAAAAAUUCAUUAAUGCAUAAAGAGUUUGCACACCAAGCACACUUUAUAAUUGCUACAUUAUUGCAUGACGCACAUAUAGCUUCACAAUUUUUGAAACAAUAAUCUACGGGAUCAUCAAAUUUAGGUGGUUUUUCCUGUAAAUAUCCGCUUUUGUACCACGAAUAUUUAAAUAAAUUUAUAAACCGAGAAUUAGAUUCUCUAUGCUCGUGCAUAUUAAUGAAAUUCAUUGAAGUGCCACUAGGCGGCGCAUGGGACGUAACUCUCUCGUGAGCGAAGUCAUCGCAUAUAUCAAUAAAUAUAGACCCGUAAUAGUUCAUAGAAAACGGAUUUGCUAUUUCGUUAAAAUUCUGUUUCUGCAAAAUGACGCUAAAUCCAAAGAAUGUUUUAAAAUUGUUAGCGAUCGCUUUCGAUGAUCUGCAUUAUGACUUUGAAUCUGUCAUUAGCGAAGCUGAAAGAAAUUUAAGUUUUCAUAUAGAGAGUCUGAUAAAAGAUGCUAUUCAAGAAUCCCUGUAUAUUGAAACGUAUACUACUCUCAAUUUUGAUGAAGAAGAUAUUAUUCAGGAUGCAGUUUCAAUCGAGGAAAAUAAUAAUGAUAAUUAUAUUCAAGAUACUGUGACUUCCAAUUUAAGUGCAUCUAUUGAAUUAACAGAAAGUUUGGAUGAAGAAUAUAAACAAAAAGUUAUAAAAUUUUGGAAAUCAGGAAAAAAACAUAAAUUAAAAUUUGCAACAGUUCAAGCAAGAUUUAAACGUGUUUCAUCAAAGCAACAAUUGUAUACAUGGGAAAAAGAAAUUUCAGAAGGUGGAAAUACUAAAGAAAAAUUAAAAAAACUAUCAGAAUAUGUAUUAUCUCAAUUUGAAGAUGCUUUACAAAAAUGUUUACCAAUUCAUGAUUUAGAUAUUUGCAGAUGGGCUUUGAAUGCUAGAAAUCAAUUGCAAUUAUCGGAAGAUUUUUUUAAAGCAUCUGAUAAAUGGAUUCAUAAUUUUAAACAGAAGCAUCAUAUUGUUUCUAGAAAAAUUAAUAAAUUUAUAACGCAGAAAAGUUUAACAAAUGUUAAUAAAUUAAAAACAGAGGCUAGCAAUUUUGUAGAAAAAGUAAAAACAGAACUUUUACUAAUUGGAGCAGAAAAUGUUUUUAAUUCUGAUCAAUCAGGUUUUAAUUUAGAAAUGCACACAGGACGUACUUUAUCUUUUCGAGGAAAACAAAAAAUUGAAACAUUAACACAAUCGAUAAGUUCUAUGACUCAUAGUUAUACAAUUCAGCCAAUCAUAUCAGCAAGUGGUUCUCUUUUAUCACCGCUAUUAAUUAUUUUACAGGAAAAAGAUGGAAAAUUUGGACCUCAAGUAGAACAAAAUCUUUUUAGAGCUGAUAAUGUUGUCGCAUUACCUUCAAACUCUGAUUCAUGGAGUGGCCAAAAUUCGAAACAAUUAGAAACAAUAGACACAUUAUCCAAAAAUAUAAAAAUUUUAACAAUUCCUGCUGGGACGACCGGAAUGAUUCAACCUCUCGAUGUCUUCGGUUUCAGAAUUUGGAAAAAUUAUAUUAAACAUUUCUCUGACAUGAUUCUUUUAUAUAACUACGAUGUAAACUUACAUUUGCGAAACAAUAUUAUUAAACUCCAGUCACUUAUUCAUAAUCAAUUUUCUUCUCCUCGGUUUAUAAAUUUAUUUAAAUAUUCGUGGUACAAAAGCGGAUAUUUACAGGAAAAACCACCUAAAUUUGAUAAUCCCGUAGAUUAUUGUUUUAAAAAUUGUGAAGCUAUAUGUGCGUCAUGCAAUAAUGUAGCAAUUAUAAAGUGUGCUUGGUGUGCAAACUCUUUAUGCAUUAAUGAAUUUUUUUUUGCAUAUCAUUAUUGUAAAAAUUAUAAACAAUAAUCUAUUAAAAAUAUACAAAAAAAUAAAUUUAAAAGAGGUAAAAAAAAGUAUUAA